GUACAAACACCAAUUUGAAGAAUGACGUGAAGUUAGCAGAAGUAUUGACUUCUGGGAUACAGAAACGGUUAAAAUUGUAUAUUUAAUAUUUAUGAAGUUAUUCUAGUUCGGCAAUUGUGUAAAAAUUGGCAACCUAUCUACCAUAACAAUUGUAAAAUAAGAUGUCUUCUGAUAGUGAAAGCGAUGAACUUUACGUGCCUGGAGAGAGUGAAUUGAAACGCCAAACUGAGUUAUCAGAAGAAGAAUCUGGUAAUGAAUCAGAAGAACAGCCUGAUGGAGAAGAAACACCUAAGUCUAAAAAGCGAAAGUCAAAACAGCCAGUGAGAGGCAGAAAGAAAAUAAAGGCGAAAAGUAUUACUGAGAUUUCGAAUGACGAACAAAAUGAAAAAGAUGACGAAAAGGAUUCCCUUGAUCCCGAGGAGAUAAAAAAGAGAGAGGAUGAGGUGUGGGCGAAGUUCUUAGGAAAACCCAAGGAAGAUUUGCCGGCUAAGGAAUCUAAAGAAAUAAAUGUCACAAAACCCGAAACAAUAUUGCCGCCUAAAAAUAAUAUAAGUGUUAAGAAUGAUACAAAACAAGAUGGCGAACGGGAGAAAAGAAUAUUUGAAUUUGCAGGUGAAACUAUUGUUGUUGAAAAUAAUGUAAUAAAGGAGAAAAUUAAAACUGAGGAGAAGGCACCAAAAGUAAGCAAAUUCCAAAGCCCGUCUGGUAGUGGCAAAGGGCUUUCUAAUAUUCUGGGACAGCUGAAUAAAAAGAACAAAUUGUCAACUCUAGAGAAAUCUAAACUUGAUUGGAACACUUAUAAAAGGGAAGAGGGCAUAGAGGAGGAGAUCACUAGUCAUAAUAAAGGAAAAGCCGGGUACUUGGACCGCCGUGACUUCUUAGAAAGGACUGACGUACGACAAUAUGAGAUUGAGAGAGAUCUACGUUUGAGUAGACGAAGCAAGCAAUAGGCGAAAUUUUGUCACAGGAUAGUGCAUCGAUUUAAAUUCCAACUUUACAAGCAUUUACAUAUAGAUAUUGUUUUUUGUACUGACAAUGCAGACCCACGAGGUUUCUAAACGUUAGAUAAAGGCCUAGUAAUGUUUGUCACAUACUGAUUUACAUAACAUUAUAAGUGUAAAUCAAAAUUCAGAACAAACGAAUAUCCGGUCGGGUUGGAAUGAUAAAGAGUUAAAGUAUUACCUAAGGCACAGUUGAAGAUUAGCGUAUUAUUAUUAAAUUAUGAAUAAACGCAGUUCAGAAAUAAAAAA